AUGUGGGUCCAAGCUGGCGCCCCCACCGGCCGGACCCGCUGGCACUACACCUUCAGCGAUUCAUUCUUCGUUCUGGAGGUUGAAGGAUCGGGACUAGCAUCCGUUGUGGUAGAGUUUGGCGAUGGGUACACUGAGACUUUCAACGAUCCUGUAUUUUGUCACCAGUUUCUAUCUCCAGGUCUGGUUCAUAUGACAACCACUGUACUUGAUGUUGCGAAAGCCCCCUACCCAGCCUCAUCAUACCUGAAGGUCCAUCUCCCCAUCAUUGGUAUCAAGAGACUCUGUCCAGUUGUUGUGCUGCAGGGAGAGGUGUUCGACUGCGAAUUUGCCAUCUAUGGAACUGGAACUGAAGUCUCUGUGGACAUCGAAGGAAUCCACAGCUUCAACUUGACACUGGCCGAUGCGACUGUUUGGAUGGUGGGCCCCAGUCUAGACCAGACUACCCAACCACCAGAGCCAGAUGUUCAGGGCGUUUUCAUUAAGUCUGUGGACAGGAUGACAGAGGAUGUCAUACUAGUUGGUUGGGAGGUUGUGGUGAAAACCCAAGGAUUGAUCACGCUCAUGGUUUACAGGCCUCAGCCAGUAACAGGCCAACAGUUUUGCCCUCGAACCCUCGGCUACAUCGAUGCAUUGGCACAGUGCCUGCAGCAACCCAGUCUCAGACAGCACAAGUGCAUUGCGGGGGAGACAUUCAGCUUCACAAAGCGUUCCUGCUUUGACACUGGCACCAAUGUUAUCAUCGAUCCCGAUGCCUCUCAGCCUGAGGUCUUAACUUACACCGAGGUGUCCAGGUUCAAUUUUACAACCGACGAACCGGGCAUGCAGUUCAUUCCGUUGUUGGAAGAAGAGAGGUUGGAGCUACAGGCAGGAGACCUGGUCGGUUUCCUGUCUCGGGGAAUCAGUGUGAUUCGUCACAUUCAACCUCAAGUUGCCACUGAUGGUGACAUUUACUUUCAGGACAGUGGAGCAAUUUCUGUGUCUCCCAAUCCCUCCCCUAGUACCAGACAGUAUCUCUACCGUGCAGUUGCAGUGCAGCCGUCAGUGCUCCACGUUAAAGGAAUGUAUGCCAAGAAUAGCACGUUAGGACCCCGUAACAUCGCACUGUCAGCCAAGAAUGCUGUGAGCAGUAAAACAUUGGCCACAUCUAUCCGUGUUUCAAAUGUGAUCGAUAAUGUGACGCUCACAGUCACCGGAAUAGCUGAGACGUAUGAGACUGUUGGCUUGGAAGUUGAUUAUGAUGGCAAGGCAGUCGCUGUAGAAUGGAGCAUGGGCGAUGGGACGAUCUACAACACCACCGAGAACUCAACUAUUUACCAGUGGAAGAUUGCCGGCAUUUACAACGUCACUGUCAGGGUUAUCAACUAUUACAACUCCGAGUCUGAGACAAAACUCAUCAUAGUUCAGGAGAGAAUCCUUGGCCUCAACUGGACCACUCCAGGACUUGGAAAUCCAAUCCCACUCAGUAGUGAAGCAGUUCUCAAGUGGCGUGCUGACAAUGGAACGGAUGUUCAAUAUGUGUUUGAAUUUGACUGGAACCUUGGAGGAUCCCUCACCAACUUGACAUUUGGGGGCAGUGGGGUAUACGUUCCUUCACUGCCUACCUCAGACUGGGCACUCUCUAACUUCAGAAUUGAGAUGUCAGAAAAUGCUUUGAUGGGUGUGACCACCUUCUACCCAGAUGGUCAUGGUAAUCUCAGCGUUUCUCUCCACAUUUUCAACCUUGUGAGCAACAUGCGUAUUUUCACAAGUCUCAUCAUCCAGUCUGUGAUUACUGAGUUCAACGUUCUUGAUGUCCCACCGCAGACAUUUGGCGACGACAUCUUCCUGGUGUAUGAAUUCAUGAGUGGUAGUGACAUCGUAGUAGAUUUGACUAUUGAUGGUCAUGUGAUACGUGGCACCUGCAUCACUACCUACCUCGCUGGCAAAUGCAUGCUGGGUUAUCAAACAGAAUACUUUGAAGACGGUGAAUACAGCAUUGAAUUGUCGGCUUACAAUGACAUCAGUGGACCAGCUGCAGUGGUGAGAAGUAUCACAAUUGAGGUUCCAUUUGACAGCAGGAAUCUGAGUGUAGAAUUCUCCCCAGCUUAUACCAUUCCCACUGGAUUCAGUCUCAACAUUGCUUUUGGCCUCACACAAGGGUCCAAUGUCAACUACAGAGUUGACUUUGGAGACGGUAGCAGUCCAAAGACUGGGCUUUCCUCUUGUUUUCCUUUUGGGGGCAGUGACAAGCGCAACGUCAGCCAUGUCUUUUCCAAUCCUGGGAGGUACAUCAGUGAGGUGCACGUUCAGAAUCUCGUCAGCAGUGCCAGUUACAGUGCAGAAGUCAGGGUGCAGAACCCAGUGACAUUCUUGUCGCUGGACAAGCCCAUUUAUGGAGAUGUCAUUGGCAUUGAGGAAGGGGGUGCCUUUAAGAUCAUUUUCAUAUUUGAUAUCCGUGAUGGGAGCAGUGGCUUGCCACCAACAGAUGCAACAGCAGCAUUUUUCUUUCAAGAUGGUUUUUAUGAAAACCAAACCUUAGAUGCCGGAAACACUGGUCUCUACCCUAUUACUCAGAUGUUGCAAGUACCAGGGCAUGGCUUGUAUAAUGGCCAUGUCAAAGUCUCCAACCUUGUUAGUGAAGUGGAAUUUGGAUUAUCAGUGGAAGUUGACGAACUUAUUGAAAACUUGCAGAUUGUGCCCGUUGAUGGGUUUGAUCUUGUCGUGGAUGAAGAGCUUCACUUUAAUCUAAGUGUGUCCUGGGGCUCACGAAUUACAUUCACAGUUGACUUUGGGGAUGGUACAUCAACUUCGCAGUUCAGCGAAAAGAGAGGAAUACAGGUGUCACAUGUAUAUGGGGCUAUUGGUGAACUUCACAUCCAGGUGAAUGCGAUAAAUAGUUUAGGGACAGCAUCAGCCAGGGAGCUUGUCAGGUUGUUCUACAGGGUGAAAGGGUUUUUCUUGCAAAUGCCAAUCCUGAAUAGUCUUCCUCCAAGCAGUACUCUCACCAUAGAGUUCUUGUUGUACAUUGAGAAGAGCAUUAACCUGCCAAAUAAUGCCACCGUAAGUAUAAUUUUCGAUGAUGGGGAGUCAUCCGUCUAUGCCCUGGCGACGACAGUCAUGAGCAGACCAGAAUUGAACACAGACACAGCGGUUCAUGUGGCCAGCUUUCCCAUGACAUACAACAAAACUGGGAAGUUCACCAUGGCUGCCAGAAUUGCCAACCCAGUAAGCUCUAUGGAUCUUGCAAUCGAGUUCUGGAUUUAUGAGGUAAUCUCUGACCUGGAAACAUUCGUCAAGUACAACCAUCUCCCCGGGGGCAAUAUCAGCAAAGGUGAUCCCACUUUCGACCAGGAGCCUUUUGAGUCCGAUGGAUUGUAUAUUCCGAUUGACCGUGCAGUUGUCCUCAUCGCCACGUUUGCGUCUGGCAACGACCUCACCUUCACCUGGGACUUUGGCGAAACUCCAAGCCAGUACAGCGUGACGCAUGAGCCCCGGGAGAUCUACUGGUACAGGGACCCAGGGAUAUACACUAUCACUCUGAAUGUAUCCAACCCAAUAUCUCACAUGGUGGCCAACAUAACCAUCCAUGUGCAAGUCCCUGUAAGGGACGUCAUGCUGACUCUCCUCGAUAUUGGCGACAAAACCAGCAAUGUGACAAUGUACUUUGAAGUGCAGACAUCCCUCUUGGGGAUGGAUGCGUGCUACCGAGUCGAUUUCCAAGACUCGCAAAUAGCCCCAGUUAUUUUCUUUGGAUCUGAGACAGUCUGCAGGGAAACUUAUCGGACAGAAAUCAGUUAUUCACAGUAUCCUUUCAUUUUUGAGCCACUAGACCUUCUUGGAAUGUGGGAAGAGAGCAGGUUAGGAAAUUUUAACGUGACAAACAUUUAUGAUCGCCAUGGUAAUUACAAAGUCUCGGUGACAGGCAGUAACAUUGUGUCAGAGUCCACUUUCAUCCUGCCUCAGUAUGUCGCCAAGCCUGACUGCUUCGUUCCAAAGGUGUCUGUGAAUGAAUCCAACUUGUGUGAUGGCAUUCUCUACAAAUGUGCCAGAAACACAUAUUUCCGUGUUUACCUAGCCUCUUCGCAAAUCACCGUGGAUUCGGACGUCUCACUGAACUGCAAAAGCAGCAACAAGGCUUGGUAUGAUUGGUCCAUUUCUUUCUUGGGGCACAACCCAAGGACAGAGGGACGAGUCUAUGAUCUCCCCGAUGACGUCGUUACAGCCGGUUUCUCUCUUGGAAGUUUGACUAUUAAACCAGCCUCCUUGAGAUAUGGCUGGUAUCACUUUGAGCUCAAUGUGUCCAUGUACCAGGAAUACCCGCCGAUUUUUGCCAUCGACUCCACGUACAUCCGGGUGAAACCCUCCCCUCUGGAAGUCCACAUCUACGGUGGAGAAGUGCGGACUAUCAGCCACAACAACACCAUCACCUUGGAUGCGGAGCGGCUGACAUAUGAUCCCGACGUCCCCCGUGGCAGUCCCAAUCCAAACGAGUUCAAAUUUGUUUGGCUGUGUCGCCGCAAGUCUUACUACAGCACUAGGACUGGAAACACAACUGAUAACAUAGAACCCUUUGAGGUUUGGGACAGAUUCUAUGAGAGCCUCAAAAAAGAUGACCUAGACAACAAAAAUGAUGAAAUUGAUGCAAGCGAUGCUCUGGCGGAAGGUAUAGUGGAUCGUGGAGGAUGUUUUGGCUUGUCCCAAGAGGCUAAUAUACCAAAACCUGGUGGAAAACUGAGCUUCACAACGGGGAGGAUCACAUUCAGCACUGUACCGAUGUACUAUAAUAUGCAAUACGAGCUGAAAGUUGCUGUCAUCAAAGGCAACAGAGUGGGUGAAGACACACAAAUUCUGGAUGUCAAGGAGGGAAGACCACCGAUACUGCAAACAUUUUGCAAGGUGAACUGUAAGAAGAAACUGAACCCCUCCAAUCGUUACUCACUGGAGUCGCAGGAGGCUUUUGGUGGAAACAACUUCUUCAGUCUGUACUACAAGUGGGAAAUCUAUUCGCAGUCGAGCAGUGGUCAGUGGGACUUGGAGCCCGAAGACAGUUGGAUAGAAUUUGCAAGGACACCACCAGACCGGGCCAACUUUGUCAUUGAGCCAGGCUUCUUCAAAGAAAAGAUGAAGUACCGCUUGAAGCUGAUUGGGUCCAGAAAUCCAGAUCUUUCCAAUUCAGGAUCAGUUGUGGAGGAAGUACUGGUCAAUGAUCGCCCCAGCAGCGGUACCUGCUCUGUCACUCCCAAAGAGGGCCAAGUACUCACAACAGAUUUUGACAUCUGGUGUGAAGGCUGGGUUGAUGUACCCGAAGACCUACCUCUAUCCUAUACAUUCAAAGUGAACGGCACCAGUGCAUCUUCUAUGCGAACUCUUCAUGCAAGCACCAAACCACGACUUGUUCAGCCGACCAAACUAAAUCAGGGCCUUCCGGAAAACAACUGCACGGUGCAGAUCACCAUCGACGUAACUGAUAGCUGGGGCUGUUUCGAGACCACCUACCUGGAAGUAAAGGUUAAGCCACCUAACAUUAGCACGGAUGUUACCAGCGAACUCAGAAGUAUUCAAACCAGCAUGGAGACUCUCUUUGCGGACGCCAAGAAGGAAUCGGCAGCCAACCUUGUCAUUGCUACAGCAGAUUUCCUGAACACAGAAGCUGUGAACAACAGAUCGAGUGGCUCAAAUACAGAGGACGUAGACUCCGACAUUUCUCAAGAAAGGAUCAAGAUGCGAGAGAACAUGGCAGGAUUGCUGUCGGACACUCAAGUCAGUACUGUGGAAGGAGUGCAGCAACUGUCGUCUGCCAUGGCAGCGGUCACCAAGAUACCUGAAGAGGUUACACAGGAGGCUAGGACCCGUCUCCUUGGGUCCAUGGAGGGGUACAGCAAGGUCCUGCAAAACAACUCGCAAUCCAACGAUCCCAUCAGUGUGGAGAUGUUAGAGUCUGCUACAGCAGUGUGCAUGGAGGUGGUCGAGAACAUUGUAGAAGCUACCCACACCGCACAGGUUGAGGAAGAACCCAAUGGCCCUGGUGUCGUCAACAUGCAGAGAUCGGAAGAAGUGGUUGACCGGCUGGCUUCUGCCAUAUCGGCCAAGAUGGUGUUGGGGCAGAACGACAUUGAGGUGCAGUCGUCAAAGUCCACACUGAUCCUGGCCAAGUCCCCUGUGCUGUGGAUCAGCAACAAAAAUUUCAGCGCAGGUGACGGGAAUUAUGUAAACCUGCCACUGUAUGAAGAUCUCUUUCAAGACACCGACAACUAUACAGCAGUUACUCAAAAAUUUAUCAUGCGGGAUCGCAGCACCAAGGUCUUAGCAACUAGCGGGCAACAAGUCAAGUCCAUGGUGGUGUCCCUCACACUGAUCAAUGACACGGAUCAGUCGCCCAUGCAAGUCGCGCACACCGCCAGCCCCAUUGAGAUCAGCAUCGUUCGGAAGGAGGAGCACCUCAUCGCUAACGGGUCGUCAAUAAGUGCAGAGGUGUAUGUCAACCGGACAGCACCAGUCGGUGGCAAGAUGGUUGUCCAUCAAAUUGAAAUUCCACCUAACAAUGCAUUGUCACUGGAAGUGAAGUCACUGGGUACUGAUGGCAUGCAGAAAGGCUUGGCAUAUGACGUCAUCCUCUACAUCUUCUUCAGGCAGGGAGGACACCCAUCUCUCGCCGUACAUGAUUUGAACUGUACGUUACGACAGCAUGUGAUUGUAGAAGAGGAUUAUACCCCAACCAAUGCAUCAUGGGACCUUGGAUUCAAUGCCUUCCUGUCCAAUGACUCCCUGACAAGAUGUUUCUUUGCCAGUGCUACACUGGAUAACCUCAGAGAUAACGCCUCAUUCUCUCUGUACUACGGCGUGAACCAUGAAGUUUUGAGCCCAUAUUCGGCAGCAGAAACUGACCCCAUGACGGGCUCAGGAUUGGAUUCCAGCCGCUUCCACCCCAUGUACUAUGCUCUCACCUCCUCGCUGUAUUCCUGCCUGGCCAUUGGGGAUAAGGAAAGUGAAUGGUCCACUGAUGGCUGUGUGGUUGGCGAGAACAGCACCGACAUGCUGACCCAGUGCUUCUGCGACCACCUGACCAUGUUCGGAGGGGGCUUCCGCAUCCCCAUCAACCACAUCGACCUGUCGGACUCCGCCUUCCUCAAGCUGGACGAAAACCCCGUGGUCUUCAUCUUCAUGAUCUGCUGCCUCUCGCUCUACCUGUUGGUCAUAAUCUGGGCACGGAAGGCCGACAAGAGAGACAUAGUCAAGGCUGGUAUUGCUCCUCUACCAGACAAUGACCCCCAUGAUCGCUUCCUCUAUGAAGUAACAGUCUACACAGGACUCAAACGAAAUGCAGGCACGACCGCCAAUGUUACCCUCUUAAUGAGCGGUGAGCUAGGCGACAGUGUCCCUCGCGUCCUGCAUGACCCCAAGCGCAAGGUCUUCCAGGCAGGAGGGGUAGACUCCUUCCUGCUGGCCACUCCCGUCUCGCUGGGCAACCUGAUGCAUGUCCGCAUUUGGCACGACAACAAGGGUAAGAGGCCAGCCUGGUACUUGGCCCGCAUCAUGAUCAAAGACCUGUGCCUGGACCGGACAUUCUACUUCAUGGCCAACCGGUGGCUGGCAGUGGAGGAAGACGAUGGCAUGAUUGAGCGGGUCAUCCCCGUGGCCGGCCGCAGCGAGCUGACAAGCUUCGGUCACCUGUUCUUCUCCAAGACCCGACGCAACCUGAGUGACGCUCACAUCUGGUUCUCGGUCUUUGCCCGUCCAGUCAAGAGCAAGUUCACACGGGUCCAGCGCGCCACCUGUUGCCUGUCCCUGCUCUUCUGCACCAUGAUGGCCAACAUCUUCUUUUACAACAUCGACUUCCAGGAGGUUGCUGGCACUCAGGUGGUGUACGUAAUUGGACCUAUCAGCUUCAGUUUUGGCCAGGUCGUCACAGGGGUCAUCAGCAGUCUCAUGGUCUUGCCAAUCAAUCUCAUGGUAGUGCAGCUUUUCCGGUAUUCAAGGCCUGUCCCAGCAUGCUCCUGUAACCAGAAGACCCGGGUAAAGGCAGAGAAAUCCCGUAGAAUGUCCACUGUUAGUGAUGCAUCCAGGGUUGUGAGCGACCUAGAAAAGGAACUUGCCCACAUGGAUGCCCAGGAGUCUGCUCGCAGUGUCCCCAGCAUCUCCCUUUCACUGAUGAACAGCCAGUCAAGUUUGCUGCAUUCCCAGGCUUUAAAUGCACACCUUGAGUAUCCCACUUCUGCCACUAGUUCGCCCAGGGAGGAUCAAGCCUUCAAGCCGGUCUUGGGCUUCAAGAAGACCCGACAGAUCAAGAAAGGGCUUGAGCUGCCGUGGCAAUUCUGCUGCCUGGCCUGGCUCCUGGUCUUGACCUCGGUGGCUGUGGCCUUCUGGCUGACCAUCGAGGUGGCUGGUCAGUUCGGCCCAGACAAAGCUAUGGAGUGGCUGACCUCAAUGUGCUUUUCACUGAUCCAGGAUAUAUUCUUCAUCCAGCCUUUCAAGGUGCUGCUCCUGGCCUUGUUCUUCUCCCUGGUCAUCCGCGACCCCGAGAAAGAGGAGAACAGCAACCUGGCAAUGGCGCCCCAUCUGCAAGAUGAUGAGGAGUGGCUCCAUGACCGCAUGACAGCAGAGGAGCUGCAGGACCCGGCCAAGAUGGCACGCCUGAAGCAACUCAAGGAGGAGGUAUCUGCCAAGAAUCUGGCUCCAUUACACCCAGAGGAUCUCGCAGAAGCCAGAGACAUCAGGGUCAAGGAGAUCAAGAUGCACAAGAUCAUCCGAGAGAUAGUCUUUUAUCUCAUCUUCCUCCACUUGACCAUGCUCAUCUGCUUUGGUGACCGGGAUCCCAGUGUCUUUUACGUCAACAAGUCCAUGACGGACAUGUUUGUCGGGGCUUCGUACAACGGUCGCAUGCUCUUCACAAAGAUUCGUGGACGGGACCACUUUUGGAACUACACUGAGAAUGUCUUCUUCCCCUCAUUGUAUUCUUACGAUUGGUAUAAUGGUGAGCCAGAUGAGAGUGGUCGGCGGGAGAACGUACUUGCCGACAACAGCAUGCACUUGGUGGGGCGGGUCAGAUUCAGACAGCUACGAAUCCAGAAAGAAUCGUGUAUCACUCCGGAGAUUUUGAAGUCAAGGAUGAAAAACCAUGACUGCCGAGCUCCAUACAGCAUUGCUGAUGAGGAUGCAACAAGCUACGACGCAGGCUGGCAACCUCUCAAUGUCUCAGAUCCACCAAACUAUGCCAACCGCUACAUGUCAGCCUGGAAAUACAAUCAUUGGUACGACGUAUCCUCCUUCCCGUACUACGGAAAACACGCCUUCUAUAACGGGGGCGGUUACAUUGUUGAAUUUGGCGACAGCCUGGAAGAAAACCUACGCAUCGCCGCCGACCUCCAGCAGGACAUGUGGGUGGACCAGCACACGAGGGCGGUCUUCUUGGAGUUUGUGGUGUACAACGCAAACGUCAAUAUGUACUCCACAUCUUUUCUGCUGGUGGAGUUUUUACCACAAGGAGGAGCCACACCUUAUCCCUACUUUUGGACCAUCCGUCUCGACCGCUACAUCGGUGCCUUUGCCUAUUUUGUCCUCGCCGGGCAGAUUGUCUACACCCUCUUCAUAAUCUACUUCCUCGUCCGUGAGCUGAGGAACCUGUUCCGGGAGAAACGGCAAUACUUUGACAGCGUCUGGAACCUGUGCGAGGUGUGCAUCUUGGCUCUGGCCAUCUCCAGCAUCGUCUUCUACCUCUACCGGAUGUUCGUGGGUUGGGACCUGAUGGAGCAGUGGCGGACCCAGCCCAAGGUGUUCCUGAACUUUCAUUUUGUGGCCUACUGGGACCAGUUAUAUGGCUACCUCUCAGGCUUUGUCCUCUUUCUGGUCAACGUCAAAUUCAUCCGCCUCCUGCGCUUUAACCGACGCCUACUUCUCUUCUCCAUGACGCUGCGUCAAUGCGGCAAGGACCUGGCCUAUUACGGCGUAGUCUUUUGCCUGGUAUUCGGUGCCUACGCACUGUUUGCCUACGCCAUCUUCCACCUGCACUUGGAGAACUUCAGCACCUUCGUAGGGACACUGGAGACUCUGUUCUCAACCAUCCUGGGCAAGUUUGAGUUUCAAGACAUGAUCUCUGUGCACAGCUUCCUAGGCCCUACCUUCUUUUUCACCUACGUGGUCAUCAUUGUGUUUGUUAUGAUCAACAUGUUUCUGUCCAUAAUCAACGAGACUUUCGGGAAGGUUCGUCAUGAUAAUGAAGCUGUGAAGAAUGAGCUGGAGAUUGUGGACUUCAUGCUGCAGCGAUUUAAGCGAUGGAGCAGCUUGUCUGAGAGAAGAUUCCAGAAACCGGCCAAGAGGGAAGACUACAUCGAGAGCAUUGACCCCAAGGAUCUGGAAUGUAAGGAGCUGAAGGUCAAGCUGACCACCAUGGUGGACCGACUGAACCAAUUCAUCCGUGCAGAGAAGAAGCUGACCAAAUCAGGCAGGCGGAUCUAUCUCAGCAACUAGGAGACAGUCCUGAGCUAAAAGAAUUCUGCCUUUGAAAAGAUCAACCGUUCACAAAGUUUACCCUUAAGGGAUUGAUCAAAGUGUAGUUGAAAACGAUAAAUAGAAUGAGAACAUGUGAGAUUGUGGUAAAACAUUAACAAAUUCAGGAAUUGGUUAUCCGGUGAAGGAAACUAAAUAUGACAUUUUUAAAAACCACAUGGCUUUAUUCUGUCGGAUAAAACAGCAAAACAACAACAAGAAGAAUCCUGAUGGCCAAUACUUGCUACUUUUAGCAUUUCUACUCGAGAUUUUGUCCUGGAACAAUGCCCUAAAUGAGCAAAGUUGUGUGACAACAACAGUUGUGUUUCAAAAGAACUUGCACUUAGCUAUUGGAUUGAAAAAUUGCCUAUGAAGUCUGUGAAGUGUUUAAAACCAAUUGUUAGUUUUAUCACCUGCUGAAGAGACCACCCAGGUGGCUUGCUCUUGACUAGCAGAAAUUUCUAAGCUGUUUGAAUAUUUAUAAAUGCAUGUUUUCACAGGAAACUCGGCAGAUGAGCAUCGUAUUUAGAAUCGUCAUUACUGCAGUGCCCUUAAUACCUAUGGAUUACGUUAAGAAGCCAGAUUGGACUUAGAUGUUGCAUUGUGCCCAUUCUAGCAAAUACGUCAUAUUUAAAUUUCCUGGACAUUUAAUGUCUGGUAAAUGAUUCGAACAACUUUAGUUUUGGAUGUAAGUAAAUGUGUUAAUUUGUGAGUGUAUACUUUGUUUCAGAAGUAAAAUUUGUUAGCCUUGGUGAAGACAUUUUCACUGAAGUAAUUUCUCUAUUAGGUAAAUAAAAAAUAUUUUUUAAAUAUUCAGUGGAUUGAGCAAUAUGCAUGGCAUUGUAUGUAGUGUUAACACUGAAUUACACUUCAUAUGAAAACUGAGGGAAAAUUUGAGACCUAUUUAACUAAGGAUCGCUCUUCAGUGAAAUUUUAGACCCUUAAUCUCUCCAACAAAUAUUAAGAAGUUAGAAAUAUUUCAUAGGAUAUGAUUAUCAGUGCAAAUUAUGA